AUGAGUUCCGAUGCCGACAUGGCUGUUUUUGGGGAGGCUGCUCCUUACCUCCGAAAGUCUGAAAAGGAGCGCAUUGAGGCCCAGAAUAGGCCCUUUGAUGCCAAGACUUCUGUUUUUGUGGUGGAGCCCAAGGAAUCCUUUGUCAAAGGGACUGUCCAGAGCAAAGAAUCAGGGAAAGUGACAGUGAAGACCGAAGCAGGAGCAACUCUGACAGUUAAGGACGAUCAGGUCUUCCCCAUGAACCCUCCCAAAUUUGACAAGAUCGAGGACAUGGCCAUGAUGACUCACCUGCACGAGCCUGCUGUGCUGUAUAACCUCAAAGAGCGCUAUGCAGCCUGGAUGAUCUACACCUACUCAGGCCUAUUCUGUGUCACUGUCAAUCCCUACAAGUGGCUGCCAGUGUAUAAUGCAGAGGUGGUGACGGCCUACCGAGGCAAAAAGCGCCAGGAGGCCCCACCCCACAUCUUCUCCAUCUCUGACAACGCCUAUCAGUUCAUGCUGACUGAUCGGGAAAAUCAGUCUAUCCUAAUCACCGGAGAAUCCGGUGCAGGGAAGACUGUGAACACCAAGCGUGUCAUCCAGUACUUUGCAACAAUUGCAGUUACUGGGGAGAAGAAGAAGGAAGAACCUGGCAAAACACAGGGGACUCUGGAAGAUCAAAUCAUCAGCGCCAACCCCCUACUGGAGGCCUUUGGCAAUGCCAAGACUGUGAGGAAUGACAACUCCUCUCGCUUUGGUAAAUUCAUCAGGAUUCACUUUGGUACUACAGGGAAACUGGCUUCUGCUGAUAUUGAAACAUAUCUUUUAGAGAAGUCUAGAGUUACUUUCCAGCUAAAGGCAGAAAGAAGCUAUCACAUUUUUUAUCAGAUCAUGUCUAACAAGAAGCCAGAUCUAAUUGAAAUGCUCCUGAUCACCACCAACCCAUACGACUAUGCCUUCGUCAGUCAGGGAGAGAUCACAGUCGCCAGCAUUGAUGACCAAGAAGAGUUGAUGGCCACAGACAGUGCCAUUGAAAUUCUGGGCUUCACUUCUGAUGAAAGAGUGUCCAUCUAUAAGCUCACGGGGGCUGUGAUGCAUUACGGGAACCUGAAAUUCAAGCAAAAGCAGCGUGAGGAGCAAGCGGAGCCAGACGGCACCGAAGUUGCUGACAAGGCAGCCUAUCUCCAGAAUCUGAACGCUGCUGACCUGCUCAAAGCCCUCUGCUUCCCCAGGGUCAAGGUCGGCAAUGAGUAUGUCACCAAAGGCCAGACUGUGCAGCAGGUGUACAAUUCAGUAGGUGCUCUGGCCAAAGCCGUCUACGAGAAGAUGUUCCUGUGGAUGGUCACCCGCAUCAACCAGCAGCUGGACACCAAGCAGCCCAGGCAGUACUUCAUCGGGGUCUUGGACAUUGCUGGAUUUGAGAUCUUUGAUUUCAACAGCUUCGAGCAGCUGUGCAUCAACUUCACCAACGAGAAACUGCAACAGUUUUUCAACCACCACAUGUUCGUGCUGGAGCAGGAGGAGUACAAGAAGGAAGGCAUCGAGUGGGAGUUCAUUGACUUCGGGAUGGACCUGGCUGCCUGCAUUGAGCUCAUCGAGAAGCCUAUGGGCAUCUUCUCCAUCCUGGAAGAGGAAUGCAUGUUCCCCAAGGCAACAGACACCUCCUUUAAGAACAAGCUGUAUGAACAGCAUCUUGGAAAGUCCGCCAACUUCCAGAAGCCCAAGCCUGCCAAAGGCAAAACUGAGGCCCACUUCUCGCUGGUGCACUACGCCGGCACCGUGGACUACAACAUCACUGGCUGGCUUGACAAGAACAAGGACCCCCUGAAUGAGACCGUGGUUGGGCUGUACCAGAAGUCCUCACUGAAAACUCUAGCUUACCUCUUCUCUGGGGCAGCAGCAGCAGCUGAAGCAGAGGCUGGCGGUGGUGGAAAGAAAGGUGGUAAGAAGAAGGGUUCUUCCUUCCAGACGGUAUCUGCUCUCUUCAGGGAGAAUUUGAAUAAGCUGAUGACCAACUUGAGGAGCACCCACCCCCACUUUGUACGAUGCAUCAUCCCCAAUGAAACUAAAACACCUGGGGCCAUGGAGCACGAACUUGUCCUGCACCAGCUGAGGUGUAACGGUGUGCUGGAAGGCAUCCGCAUCUGCAGGAAAGGAUUCCCAAGCAGAAUUCUUUAUGCAGACUUCAAACAGAGAUACAAGGUAUUAAAUGCAAGUGCUAUCCCUGAAGGACAAUUCAUCGACAGCAAGAAGGCUUCUGAGAAGCUCCUUGGGUCCAUUGAUGUUGACCACACCCAGUAUAAAUUUGGUCACACCAAGGUCUUUUUCAAAGCUGGUCUUCUGGGGCUUCUAGAAGAGAUGAGAGAUGACAAGCUGGCCCAGCUGAUAACCAGAACCCAGGCCAGGUGCAGAGGGUUCUUGGCAAGAGUGGAGUACAGGAAGAUGGUGGAGAGAAGAGAGUCCAUCUUCUGCAUCCAGUACAAUGUCCGUGCCUUCAUGAAUGUGAAGCACUGGCCCUGGAUGAAGCUAUAUUUCAAGAUCAAGCCCCUCCUUAAGAGUGCGGAAACAGAGAAAGAGAUGGCCAACAUGAAGGAAGAAUUUGAAAAAACCAAAGAAAGCCUCGCAAAGUCUGAGGCCAAAAGAAAAGAGCUAGAAGAAAAAAUGGUUGCACUGAUGCAAGAGAAAAAUGACCUGCAACUCCAGGUUCAAGCUCUUGAAGGCUCUUUGGAACAAGAAAAGAAAAUCCGGAUGGAUCUAGAAAGAGCAAAGAGGAAACUGGAGGGAGACCUUAAAUUGGCCCAAGAAUCCAUCAUGGAUGUAGAAAAUGACAAACAACAACUUGAUGAAAAGCUUAAAAAGAAAGAGUUUGAAAUGAGCAAUCUGCAAAGCAAGAUUGAAGAUGAACAGGCACUUGGGAUGCAGCUGCAGAAGAAGAUCAAGGAGUUACAAGCCCGCAUUGAGGAGCUGGAGGAGGAAAUCGAGGCAGAGAGGGCCUCCAGGGCCAAAGCAGAGAAGCAGCGCUCUGACCUCUCCCGGGAACUGGAGGAGAUCAGUGAGCGGCUGGAAGAAGCCGGUGGGGCCACUUCGGCCCAGAUUGAGAUGAACAAGAAGCGGGAGGCUGAGUUCCAGAAAAUGCGCAGGGACCUGGAGGAGGCCACCCUGCAGCACGAAGCCACGGCUGCCACCCUGAGGAAGAAGCACGCCGACAGUGUGGCCGAGCUCGGGGAGCAGAUUGACAACCUGCAGAGGGUCAAGCAGAAGCUGGAGAAGGAGAAGAGUGAGAUGAAAAUGGAGAUUGACGACCUUGCUAGUAACAUGGAGACUGUCUCCAAAGCCAAGGGAAACCUCGAAAAGAUGUGCCGUACGCUAGAAGAUCAACUGAGUGAACUUAAGACCAAGGAAGAAGAGCAGCAGCGGCUGAUCAAUGACCUCACAGCUCAGAGAGCGCGCCUGCAGACAGAAGCAGGUGAAUAUUCCCGCCACCUAGAUGAAAAGGACACCUUAGUUUCUCAGCUCUCAAGGGGCAAACAAGCAUUCACACAACAGAUUGAGGAACUGAAAAGGCAGCUUGAAGAGGAAAUAAAGGCCAAGAGCGCUCUGGCCCAUGCUCUACAGUCUUCUCGCCAUGACUGUGACCUGCUUCGGGAACAAUAUGAAGAGGAGCAGGAAGCCAAGGCUGAGCUGCAGAGGGCAAUGUCCAAGGCCAACAGUGAGGUUGCCCAGUGGAGGACCAAAUACGAGACGGAUGCCAUCCAGCGCACGGAGGAGCUGGAGGAGGCCAAAAAGAAGCUGGCUCAGAGGCUGCAGGAUGCUGAGGAACAUGUAGAAGCCGUGAACGCCAAAUGUGCUUCCCUAGAGAAGACGAAGCAGAGGCUCCAGAAUGAAGUGGAGGACCUCAUGAUCGAUGUUGAGAGAACAAAUGCUGCCUGUGCAGCCCUGGACAAAAAGCAAAGAAAUUUCGAUAAGAUUCUGGCAGAAUGGAAACAAAAGUAUGAAGAAACUCAUGCUGAACUUGAAGCUUCUCAAAAGGAGUCCCGCUCCCUCAGCACAGAACUAUUCAAGAUUAAGAAUGCUUAUGAGGAAUCCUUAGAACAACUUGAAACCUUGAAACGGGAAAAUAAGAAUUUGCAACAGGAGAUUUCUGAUCUCACUGAACAGAUUGCUGAAGGAGGGAAACGUAUCCAUGAACUGGAAAAAGUAAAGAAGCAAAUUGAACAAGAAAAGUCUGAAAUUCAGUCUGCCUUAGAGGAGGCAGAGGCAUCUCUUGAACAUGAAGAGGGAAAGAUCCUGCGCAUCCAGCUUGAAUUGAACCAAGUCAAGUCUGAAGUUGAUAGGAAAAUCGCUGAAAAGGAUGAGGAAAUUGACCAGCUGAAGAGAAACCACAUUAGAGUCGUAGAGACGAUGCAGAGCACGCUGGAUGCUGAGAUCAGGAGCAGGAAUGAUGCCAUCAGGCUCAAGAAGAAGAUGGAGGGAGACCUCAAUGAAAUGGAAAUUCAGCUGAACCAUGCCAACCGCAUGGCUGCUGAGGCCCUGAAGAACUACAGGAACACCCAAAGUAUCCUCAAGGAUACCCAGAUCCACCUGGAUGAUGCUCUCCGGGGCCAGGAGGACCUGAAGGAGCAGCUGGCCAUGGUUGAGCGCAGAGCCAACCUGCUGCAGGCCGAGAUCGAAGAGCUGCGGGCCACUCUGGAGCAGACGGAGAGGAGCAGGAAAAUCGCAGAACAGGAGCUCCUGGAUGCCAGUGAGCGUGUCCAGCUCCUGCACACCCAGAACACCAGCCUGAUCAACACUAAGAAGAAGCUGGAGACAGACAUUUCCCAAAUCCAGGGUGAGAUGGAGGACAUUGUCCAGGAAGCCCGCAAUGCAGAAGAGAAGGCCAAGAAGGCCAUCACUGACGCCGCCAUGAUGGCUGAGGAGCUGAAGAAGGAGCAGGACACCAGCGCCCACCUGGAGCGCAUGAAGAAGAACCUGGAGCAGACGGUGAAGGACCUGCAGCACCGUCUGGACGAGGCCGAGCAGCUGGCGCUGAAGGGCGGGAAGAAGCAGAUCCAGAAACUGGAGGCCAGGGUACGGGAACUUGAAGGAGAAGUUGAAAGUGAACAGAAGCGCAAUGUUGAAGCUGUCAAGGGUCUACGCAAACAUGAGAGAAGAGUGAAGGAACUCACCUACCAGACUGAAGAAGACCGUAAGAAUGUUCUCAGGCUCCAGGACCUGGUGGACAAACUGCAAGGGAAGGUGAAAGCUUACAAGAGACAAGCGGAGGAAGCGGAGGAACAAUCCAACGUCAACCUCUCCAGAUUCCGCAAGCUCCAGCACGAGCUGGAGGAGGCUGAGGAACGGGCUGACAUUGCAGAGUCCCAGGUCAACAAACUGCGGGUGAAGAGCCGGGAGGUUCACACAAAAAUCAUAAGUGAAGAGUAAUGCAUCCAAAUCUUAAAAAGUGACCAAAGAAAUGCACAAAAUGUGAAAAUCUUUGUCACUCCAUUUUGUACUUUUGACUUUUUGGAGGUAAAAAAUUUAUCUGCCAA